AUGCUCGCGAACCGAUGGCGGACGCGUCUCGCCUGCCUGCUCCUGCUCUACUCCGACCUAUCGCUCGCCGCACGACCCCGCCCACACGCGCUCAAGCGCCGCAACCCCUCGUACUCCCCACUCGCCGACCCCUCGCUCGAACAACUCGUCGCGCUCUCGGACCUCGAUGAUGCGCUCGACUACAACGACCCGAAGAGCUUGUUGGCGAAGAUACUCGUCCCGAGGACCGUCGGGAGUGCGAACCUGACGCGUGUGCAGGGAGUUGUCGAGGGUCACUUCAGGAAGCUUGGCUGGCACGUCGAGAAGGACGCCUUUGAUGACGACACGCCCUAUGGACGAAAGUCCUUCACGAACCUCAUCUUCACCCACGACCCUUCCGCGCCUCGCCGCCUCGUCCUCUCAGCUCACCUAGACUCGAAGUAUUUCGAGACGCACCCUGAGGACCAGUUCGUCGGCGCGACGGACUCGGCGGCGCCGUGUGCGAUGAUGCUCGACUUGGCGACGGCUUUGACACCUUGGCUCGACGGUCGGAAGAAGCGUGUGCAAGAAGCGGGCGGCGAGGAAGGCUUCGACGGGCAAGGUGAGACGCUGCAGGUUGUUUUCUUUGACGGGGAAGAAGCGUUCAAGGAAUGGACGCACACCGACUCGAUCUACGGCGCGCGACACCUCGUCUCGAAAUGGUCAGAAACCGACUCGUCCCCCUCUGCAAUCCGCUCGACUCCGCGUUCUCCUCUCCGACGGAUAUCCCACCUCGUCCUACUCGACCUCCUCGGCGCGCCUAACCCGCUCAUCCGAAACUUCUUCCCAAAUACUGGAUGGCUCUUCGACGAGUUCCUCCAUUCUGAAGAGCGGCUGGGGAUCGCAGGGUACCUGUGGGACGGGUUUGAUGGCGAGGCGUACACGGAGCAGAAGGGCAAGCUGGGAGUGAGGGAACGGAGCUUCUUUGUCCCCAGGGCGGCAGGGCAGAUGCAGGGUUGGGCAGGGCAGAUCGAGGACGACCACGUCCCGUUCGUCCAGCAGGGCGUCCCGGUCGUGCACCUCAUCUCGGUACCGUUCCCGAGCGUCUGGCACACGAUCAAGGACGACGCUUCUGCUCUCGACUUGCCGACCAUUAAGGCUUGGGCGCUCAUCCUCCGCCUGACAAUAGCAGAGUACCUCGGGCUGGACCCGACGGGACGGCUGCAGAAUGUCAACGCCAAGCGGAAUAAGGGCGAGUUGUAG